AUGCUGACAUCUAUUCUUGCUGCGACUCAUGCGGCAAAGUUCGGAAGUCGAGCGGGACUUGGCAUGACUUUGAUACAAUUUGGCUUCUACUUGCGCGGGAAUCUUCGAGAUGGUGGAUAUGCUUUAGCAAACGAUGUUAAUGGAUGGCCCGCAAGUCAGGAGCCCCAUCCCACAUUCACCUCGGCCCAGGAGGCUGACGAUUACUACGCCUCUAAGGGUCUCAAUCAAAAGGAAACGCCACCUGGAUCCUCGGAUGUACCAUCUAUGGCCAAUGGGGAUUAUAUGAUUCCACAAGAAGUCACUAUCGCCACCGAUUGGCUGAGCUUCUUCCUGAUGACUGUAGGAUGGCUUUUGUUCUUGACCUCCAUCUUGGGCUUUUACAGGAUCAAGAGAUGGGAGCGAACAGUUCGUCAGAGCUCUGCACGACCAACCGAAUUCAGCAGACCCACGGGCUCGUUACGCGAUGGCGUUUCUAGAGACUUCCGAAGGCUCUUUGCCAGACUCCCUCGCACAUCCGAAGAACUUCGAAACCGCGAAGCGGGGAACGACGCAGAUCCCAACACUCAUUCAUCUACCCUUUCUCAGCCCCCUACUGAACCUCCACUGGACCCAGAGGCACGCCGCCGCUAUGAAGCAGCAUUGCAGAUCGAUCGACAGUACGUCAUUCCUCAUUCUUUUGUGCAACUUGAGUGUUAA